CUCACUUGCCCCACCGGAGCAAAGCGAGACAAAGCCAAAAAACCAUCGACGCCGCCCGCCCAUGCAGUACGGAUGCCCUGUCCCCCACUCCGGCUCUUCCGCCCGUCCGCCCGCUCGGCGACGGGGAUCCCACUGGGCGCCGGGGACACCCCUCGCGCGCGCACGCCCGCCCUGCCCAAAAGGGUGAGAGCACAUUCCCGCGCCGUCCCGUCGCCAUCCAUUCCUCUCCCCUGCCGCUCCAGAUCCGCCACAGUCGCCGGCCGGAUCCUAUCUCCCACCCUGUCACCCGUCGUUACUACCGGCGGCAUCAUUCAUGGCGCUAAAAUUUUGAAACUGUUUUGGGUGAGGAGGGAGGGAGUGAGUGACUGAGCUUGCUGCGGCUUGGCGGGUGGUAGCUAGGUGCCAUGGGGUGCGCGCACUCCAAGCCGCCGCGAGCGGACCAGGGCGCGGCGGUCGCGCUCUGCCGGGACCGCUCCGCGCUGCUCGCCGAGGCCAUCCGCCACCGCUACGCGCUCGCCGACGCCCACCGCGCCUACGCCGCCUCGCUGCGCGCCGCCGGCGCCGCGCUGCACGACUUCCUCCGGGUGCAACCACCGCCGCCGCCUGAGCCCACCGCGCCGAUCCUGCACGUGCGCCUCCCUGAGCACCGCAAGGGGGACCCGCUCCCCGCCGCGGCGCCACCCGUCCUCGCCGCGGCCAAACAGGUCGAUGACGAUGGCGGCCACAUUCGCUUCACCUCGGACGACGAUGAAGAGGGCUCCGACGACGCGCACAUCAGCUUCCCGUCCUCCUCCUCCUCCUCCGAGGACGAAGCCGAGACACGUGUCCCCCGCCCCGAGCCCUUCCCGCCCGCAGCACCGGCGCCGACUCGGACAACUCCGCCGUACGCGUACGGUGUUGGAUACGCUCCGCGGCUGUACAGCUACGGCGCCGGCCCCGCGUAUGGUGGGUACGGCGCCGACAUUGGCGUCUACGGCCAGAGCUUCUUCAACUGCAGUUAUGCCCGCAGCCGGCCGCCGCCACCGUCCGUGUCAUACGAGCACCGGCCCCAGUCCACCGAUGCCACCGUCCAGUACUACCCCGGUUCAUACUACGGCGGCUAUCAGUACCCCCAGGGCAGUGGCUUGCAUCAGGUGGCAGCCUCCUCCUGCGCGGGGGCUGUGCCGCCUCCUUCGCCGCCGCGUGUGUCCACCUGGGAAUUCCUCAACCCGUUUGAGUCAGUCGAGAGCUACUACGGGGAUGAGCCGACUGCUGCUGUGGUGUUGGCGACGUCUACGCCAAGCCCGAGCUCCAAGGAUGUGCAAGAGGAGGUGGACAUCGCGGACUUGAAGGAUGAGAAAGUGGAAGAAAAUGUCAUCAAUGGCAACACUGGUAAAGCUGGGUUGGCCAAGAAGGAAGAAAGGAGCAAUGCCAGUGAGGAGCAACGCAGCAAGUCCAUGUCGCCGGAGGCGAACAGUAACACUGCAAGUGGCUUGGUUCAUGAUGUCCAUGUAGUGGAGAGGAGUGUGGUGGAAGAACAUCUGCAGCAUUCCGCUGCCGAUGGGCUGCCUGAGGUUUCAGGGAAGGCGUACAAUGACAAUGUCGAGGUGGCGCAGGAGAUCAGGCUACAGUUUGAGCUCGCCGCCAAGUCUGCGGCUGAGGUGUCCAAGAUGCUUGAGGUUGGGAAGAUGCCUUACUGCCAGAAGAAAUCAGGACUGAAAGUAUCCUCCUCCAUGAUGAUCUGUGGGCUGCCUUCAAUCGGUGAGGAGUUCCUGCAGUUUCAGGAGGAGAAAGCUAUGGAGUGUGGCAACAUUUCUGCCACAUUGCAGAAACUGUACAUGUGGGAGAAGAAGCUUCUUGAGGAACUCAAGACCGAGGAGAAGAUGAGAGGGCAAUAUGAUAAAAAACGGGAGGAGCUGAAAGCUCUGUAUGAGAGAGGUGCUGAAGCUCAGAAGCUUGAGGCAAUUGAAAUUUAUACCAGGAAGCUAUCAACAAAAAUUAGCGUUGCCCUUCAAAUUGUCAAUGCGAUCUCAAAGAAGAUUAAUAAGUUGAGAGAUGAAGAACUAUGGCCGCAAACAUAUGAGCUGAUUCAAGGGUUGAACAAAAUGUGGCAUGCCAUGUCAGAGUGCCAUCAGAUCCAGUGUCAUGCCUUAUCCCAAGCUAAAAACAUUGAUUCAAACAUAGCAGCUGCAAGAUUCAGUGAAGCUCAUAUUGGUUUAGUCAAGCUGCUAGAGCUUCAGUUGCUAGAUUUGGUUGCCAGUUUUGCCGCAUGGGUUAAUGCUCAAAAGAGCUACAUUAACACUAUGAAUGACUGGCUCAAAAGGGGAAUCGACUAUGUUCCUGAAGUAACUGAUGAUGGGACUCCACCCUUCUCUCCAGGUCGAUUAGGUGCAACCCCCAUUUUCAUUAUCUGUAAUAAUUGGGCAAUGGGCAUCAUGAGGAUACCUGAGACAGAAGUAGUAGACACAACGCAGGCUUUUGCCUCUAAUGUUCUGUAUCUCUGGGAGAAGCACAGGUCAGAGUGGAGGCAGAGUAUGAUGGCUAACAGAGAUAUGGACAGGGAGCUUAGAGUGAUGGAGAGAGACGAACUGUCGAUGCGCAAGGCUCUGAAAGCACAAAACAAGAAGUUUGUGCUUGUUUCCAAUCACAGCGGAGUGUCCGUAUCUGCACAAGCAUUACAAGACGGCAGUACACCUGCUGAAGUGACUUUGCAAUCAUGUAUGAAGAAAUAUUUCGAAGCAAUGGAGUGCUUUGCUGCUUCCUGCGCAAACUCAUACAACGAUCUCCAUCGUCGUUCUGAAGAAGAGAGAACUCGACCUGCCCAAGAGAUUGGCAGAGUUUCCUAGUGAAAUUUACUUUGCUGGUACAGUGCAAGUGAACGACCACUGUGAUUGGAUGAGCAGCAAUGGUGCACAUAGAAGUGUCGCAUAUUCGCAUUGCUGUUCUCGUGACCAUUGUGCGAUGGCCUUUCCCCUCUGCCUGUUUUGGGGGUCGCUGGUUUUGAAGCAGCCGAUGUGAAAGCUUGUCCUUGCAAGAUGAGGUUUGGUGAUCAAACUGCCAUUGCUCUUAACAAACCUCCAAUCCAUGCUGGAGGAAGCCUGCUCUGUAAAGAAGUGAGCGUAGAAGUUAACACCAGAAUAACACAUUACAGACAAGGAGCCUACUCUCGAAGGUGUUGACUAACAAUGAUUUUACUUUAUUUAUAAAGGGAAUAUAUUAAUAUCGAAAGAUACCAA